UCUUACAGCCCCUCCCGGCCGCAGCCUACACUCCUUCGGCCCAAGCAGGUGCGCUGGAACCGGGAGUUGGUGAGAAGCCGGCUGCCGGCAGCCCCAACCCUUAGCGGCCCCGCGGUCAGGGACCUCCAGGCCCAAUGGAGAGUCGGGACGGGCUAGAGGAUGCGCGGCGGGGACGGGAGGUGUCGCCGCUCCGGCUUGCCGGUGACAGGGGCGGGCGGGUCGUGCGCGGGCCCCACCUCCAGCGAUCGCGGCCCAGCCCCAGCUCCUCCUCCUCCACGGCUUACCCGGGCUCCGACAGCGGCUGCAGGUCUCCAAGUUGCGGCCGUUGGAGCCCGAGCCAUGCGGACCGCGGACCGGGAGGCGCGCCCGGGGCUUCUGUCCCUGCUGCUGCUGCUGGCCGGGGCCGGGCUGUCAGCCGCCUCGCCCCCAGCAGCGCCGCGCUUCAACGUGAGCCUGGACUCGGCCCCCGAGCUGCGCUGGCUGCCCGUGCUGCGGCACUACGACUUGGACUUGGUGCGCGCCGCGAUGGCGCAAGUCAUCGGGGACAGAGUCCCCAAGUGGGUGCACGUGUUAAUCGGAAAAGUGGUCCUGGAGCUGGAGCACUUCCUGCCCCAGCCCUUCACCGGCGAGAUCCGCGGCAUGUGUGACUUCAUGAACCUCAGCCUGGCGGACUGCCUUCUGGUCAACCUGGCCUACGAGUCCUCCGCAUUCUGCACCAGUAUUGUGGCUCAAGACUCCAGGGGCCACAUUUACCAUGGUCGGAAUUUGGAUUAUCCUUUUGGGAAUAUCUUACGCAAGCUGACAGUGGAUGUGCAAUUCUUAAAGAAUGGGCAGAUUGCAUUCACAGGAACUACUUUUAUUGGCUAUGUAGGAUUAUGGACUGGCCAGAGCCCACACAAGUUUACAGUUUCUGGUGAUGAACGAGAUAAAGGCUGGUGGUGGGAGAAUGCUAUCGCUGCCCUGUUUCGGAGACACAUUCCCGUCAGCUGGCUGAUCCGCGCUACCCUGAAUGAGUCAGAAAACUUCGAAGCAGCUGUUAGCAAGUUGGCCAAGACUCCUCUUAUUGCUGAUGUUUAUUACAUUGUUGGUGGCACGUCACCCCGGGAGGGGGUGGUCAUCACAAGGAGCAGAGAUGGCCCAGCAGACAUUUGGCCUCUAGAUCCUUUGAAUGGAGCGUGGUUCCGAGUUGAGACAAAUUACGACCACUGGAAGCCAGCACCCAAGGAAGAUGACCGGAGAACAUCUGCCAUCAAGGCCCUUAAUGCUACGGGACAAGCAAACCUCAGCCUGGAGGCACUUUUCCAGGUUUUGUCGGUGGUUCCAGUUUAUAACAAUGAAAGCAGGCCAGGUGCGGUGGCUCACGCCUGUAAUCCCAGCCCUUUGGGAGGCCAAGGCGGGUGGAUCACUUGAGGUCAGGAGUUCGAGACCAGCCUGGCCAACAUGGUGAAACCUCGUCUCUACUAAAAAUACAAAAAUCAGCCAGGCAUGAUGGUGCACGCCUGUUAUCACAGCUACUUGGGAGGCAGUGGCUGGAGAAUCGCUUGAACCUGGGAAGUCGAGGCUGCAAGUGAGCUGAGAUCAUGCCAUGGCAGUCUAGCCUGGGCAACAGAGCGAGACUCUGUCUCAAAAAAAAAGAAAAGGAAACUAAUUAGUCAGUAUUCUGCUACUCAAACAAAUGAGCUAUUUGGGUAACAAAGCGUACCCAGUGGUCUGCUAGUAAACCAGCUCUUUGUGUGGGAAGGGACAAAUGAAAAAAUUCCCAAAUUUGUAGCAUUUGUUGACUUCCAUGGUGUGAAUACUCCCACAUGGCUGAUUUCAGGCUUAUAGUUGGCUCAUACUCUUCCUGCAUAUUUAAUAAUUGGCCCUCACCAGACUGUAGGAGCUAGCUCCAAUGCACUAUUGACUGUACCCUUCAUAGCGGGGCAAAAUGUUGCCCUUUUAAUAGUCAUUUUUUAAAUGCGGGUUAAUAAACUACUUUUGUGUUCUUAUAGUUUUUUUAGGUAAUUAUAGAAGUGAUGAAUAUAUCUGGCUGGGCGUGGUGGCUCACACCUGUAAUCCUAGUACUUUGGGAAGCCGAGGCAGGUGGAUCACUUGAGGUCAGGAGUUUGAGACCAGCCUGGCCAACAUGGUGAAACCUCAUCUCUACUAAAAAUACAAAAAUUAGCCAGGCAUCAUGGCGCAUGCCUGUAAUCCCAGCUACUUGGGAGGUGGAGGCAGGAGAAUCACUCGAAUCCGGGAGACAGAGGUUGCAGUGAGUUGAGAUUGCACUCCAGCCUGGGCAACAGAGGGAGACUCCGUCUUAAAAAAAAAAAAAAAAAGUGAUGAAUAUAUCUUUUAAAAAUUAGUAUUAUAAUAAAAUAGUUACAUUUAUUUUAAUAAAACAAAGCAUUUUCUCUGCUUUGAACAGCCCUCAUAAUUUUACAUGGUGGCAGUGGCCAGUUGGCUGUAUUAUAAUUGAGUUAAGCAUUCUCCAGUUGUUAGAUUUUCCUCUAUUAAAACUCUGAAAUAAACAUAUUCGUUUGCCUCUCCCCUGCUUACUUUCAGAUUAUUUCCCUUGGCUGAAUUCCCAGAAGUAGGAUUACUGAGUUAACAGUUAUGAAUGUUUAAAUGGUUUCUGAAAUGGUUUGGUCAAAAUAAAAUUGUUAGAAAUUAUAAACAGUUUACCAAGUAGUGUUUUUCUCUGUUGUAUACUUGAAAAUUCAAGAGAAACUGCUUUUAAGUGACAAUCACCAUGGAGCCAGAAUUAACACAGACUUCUGACUCUCAGCCCCUUUACAUGUAAUGAUUAACCUCAACUGAGGCUGUUCAGUUGUAUUAGGUUAAUAGAAAUAAGUGUAGCUGUAUCUGAAAAAAAGAAAAAGAAAAACAACAAAAAAGUAGUCUGAACAAAGGCAGUUAGCUCUAUGCUGCCCCCUUGUGCCAUGCUGCAAAAUUACACCCACCUGCAAUACAUCUCCAUCCUCUGCUGCGGCUCAUCAGUGGAGAAAAUACUAAAACAGUAAUGGAGAGUAGAACUAUGACUAAAGUAAACGAGCAAUUAAGGUCCUGUUCAGGGAACCUCCAUUACCCUUGGACGAGCUCUGCACUUGCUUACAGUGCUGUCUUUAACUGGGUGUAUGAUUUAGCUGUGGACCCAGUGCUACUAAUUCUGCCUGUUUCUGAACAACCCAGCUCCGAUAUUUUGCACAUGCACCUCAACUGGAUUCCAAGACAAAUGUGUGUGCAUGUGGGCUCAAGUUGUUUAGGUCUCUUGUUAUACGGAAUGUGUAAUCAAUGACACUAUACUUUUCAUCCUUAGAUCUGGGCAAGGUGGAGGGGCGGGGGAGGUGCCUUGAUCCUGGAGCUUUAGAGGCCCUCCUCUGGAAUUCCUCUAGCUGUGAUACCACCCCCCCAAACCAUGGUGUAAGGAAUCUGCUGGACCAAGGGCAUUUGCCCACCUGGAGUCUGCCCAAGUACCCAGGACCCUGUAAUUCUCAGCCUGAACAGCCCCACCUCCACUUCCAGGGUUUGUGUUUUCUUCCCUGGGUGGUAUUCUCCUGAUGGUGGUGCAUGGCCACGAGGGAGAGCACAGGGGCAGGUGCUUGCUGGGGAAUGUGAAGGCGGUGAUGUCACAUGUGUGCAAGUAAGGCCCUUGGGGGUAGGACAGAGCCAGGGUGAGGGCCAAGGCUUUGUCUCCCCCACUGCCUUGGGGUAGAGCUCUGAGGAGUCUUGAGAUUUUAUUUAUUUAUUUUUUAUGAGACAGAGUCUCACUCUGUUGCCCAGGCUGGAGUGCAGUGGCACAAUCUCAGCUCAGUGCGACCUCCGCCUCCCAAGUUCAAGCAAUUCUCCUGCCUCAGCCUCCCUAGUAGCUGGGAUUUCAGGCACCACCACACCCGGCUAAUUAAGCCUGAGAAUUUUAAGUUCCAACUUGGCCUUCCACAGUGUUGUCAAAAUAGGAGAAAAGUGCACUUUGACCUCUUGAUUCAUAGAUUUAAAAUAUUCUGGCAUAAAGGGCCUUGUCCCAGAUCUCAAGUGUUAGGGAAGCACUUGGUCAUUUUCUUCCCUUUCUGGCAUAUUAGAGAAAAUGAUGUGUACAUAAAAUUUCCUCAUAAUUUUCAGCCUCACAAUUUAUACUACGGUAAUGAGCGCCGGUAGCCCAGACAAGUACAUGACUAGGAUCAGAAACCCGAGUAGAAAGUAAGUCAGCAGAAGAGCGAGUUCACCUGUGCUGUGAAAGGUUUGUUGUUACUGUUUUGGGGAGAGGGGGUGAGGUGGGUGUGCGCUGGUAUUUCUUACAGAGGGUGGUAACAUCCUGAAAAUGUAUACAUAUAUAAUAUUUUCUGACAAGCAUCUGGCAUGGUCAUUUGUGUCAGAUUGUCAUCAUUAGAUAUUCUAUUUGGAAUUGUUUGUAUGAAAACCAAUCUUCGGCGGGGCGUGAUGGCUCAUGACUGUAAUCCCAGCACUUUGAGAGGCAGAGGCAGGCAGAUCACUUGAGGUCAGGAGUUCAAGACCAGCCUGGCCAACAUGGUGAAACCCCAUCUCUACUAAAACUACAAAAAAACUGUUAGCCAGGUGUGGUGGUGGGUACCCCAAAUCCUGGCUACUCAGGAGCUGAGGUAGGAGAAUCGCUUGAACUCGGGAGGUGGAGUUUGUAGUGAGCUGAGAUCACACCACUGCACUCCAGCCUGGGAAACAGAGUGAGACUCCAUUAAAAAAAAAAAAAAAAUCAGUCUUUGAAUUAAAUGCAUUUUUUUCUUCCCUUACAGAUGAUUUUUUAAAAAAUGAAAUUCUUGAAGAGCUGCACCUUAAAAAAUAAAACAAAGUGAAAGUAUUGUAUUAUGUUACAAACAAUGCAGGCUCCUUCCUCAUUUAACUUUACAACCUUGCGAAGUGGGUCCAGAGAUUUGGAGUUUGUGGUAAAGCCAGUAAUGGGCAUUGUCCUGCAUUCCCUUCCCUUCAUGGUUUGCCUCGAUCCUCUCUAAGCUUCUAUCCUGGCCUGAAUAACUCAAAGAUAAUUGGUCUCAGAGAUCAAGCCAUAUCCUCAGGCCUUAUUUCCAUCUUCUCAUGAUUCUGCCAUCAUACUUUUGCUUCUCCACUAAUGAAAUGAGCUGGCAAGACCUCUGUUCAUUGUGAAGUGCUUCUGAAAGAGCCUAAGAAAAAAGGCUCAUCUGAAAGAAAUGGAGAACUCUAUUUCGAACCAAGCCUGUUUGAAUGUGUGUUAGUCUGAUCUUUGAUCAUGUAUUUCCAUGUAAUGGGAGUCUCGUUUUUUAUAAUGUUUCUAACGUUUUAUUGAAAAACCUAUGGCCCUCCUUCUUUCUCAAUAGCUACUUUCUUACUGCUUUUUGAAAAUAAUAUGCAACCAAAUUAUUUCUUAAUGUCACAUAAUUAAGUAAUAAAAUGUCAAAAGAAAUGUUGGCAAGGAGAAUAAAAAAAUUUCCAAGAAA